AAUGAUAAUUAUUGAUAAACUUCAAUAUUGUGAUGCAAGUGUCUUUCUUGUUUUCUAAAUUAAGCAGUACUGAUUCAUCAAGCGUGUGACUCAUCACGCUCUAUCUUAUAUAGAUUAUUAAUAAAUUAUUAUUAUGUUUGCACAUUUUAAUAUAAUAAUGCGUGAUAACAUGCAUAUUAAUUUUAUAUGCAUAGAAAUUAUAAUUUGUACCUGUUUUACUAAUAUUGAUACACAUUUUAUAGAUAUAUGUAUAUUAAUAUUAAUUGAUUAUAAUUUAUAUAUAAAAAAAAGUUCAUUUAAAAUAAAUCUCGUUUGUUUAUAAUUACGCUUCUAAAUUAUACAAAAUAAUUACUUCAAAAUAACUGCACAAUUUUAACAUCCCUGACAAAUCUUCUCGUAAAAUUACCCUUUUAAUAUAAUUUUAAAAGUUUGAAAAUAAACCGGAACUUUUAAUUUUUCCACGGAUUUUCUUUCCAAGGGGAGCAAAAUUUAUUGGAAAAAUUUACUUUGUAGGUUAAUGUGAGUUAAUAUGUAUUAUAUAUCAUCACACACAUUAUUACAUUAAAAUAUGCGAACAUAAUAAUUAAAUUAUUAACAAUUUAUGUAAGAUAGAACGCGAUGAAUUGUAUUCUUCAUGAAUCGGUACUGCUUAAGGGUAUAGAACAUUUCUCAAAACAAAGAAAAUUAUGAAAAAAUUAAAUUGCUUUAUAUUGCAUUUGAAAAUAGUGAAAAAAUUUGAUGGCAAUUUUUUAUCUGGACCAGUGCUCUAUUGAAAAUAUAAUUGGUAAUGAAAUAAUGAAAUAAGAAAUUUUUUUAUUUAAGUACUUUAAAUAUUCAUGAUAAUUUAUGUAAAAUUUCAUUGCGAUGCAGAGAGCAAUGCUGUAAAAUAAACUAAGUUUAUUUAUUAAUUUAUUUAUGAAAUAACUAAACAAACAAUCAUAAUAAAACUCUGUACACAUAAAUCUUCUUGAAUACUCAAGGUACUUUCCCAAAAAAUUAAGAUUUUUCUUAAUGAUGCAAAAAAUAAUUUAAUUUUUAAUAACAAAUAAAGUAAAUAAACUAUAAAAAUACAAUUUUAUUCACACAACUUUCAUAUGUAUAUAGUUUAUUUGAAGUAAUAAUAUUAAACACAUUUCCAAAUUUUAUUUACUUUGAAGCUUAUCAAUAAUUAUCAUUUAAUCUUUAGUCAUCUUAAUAUUUCAUCCUUGGAAAAAUAUUCUAUAAACUCUAAAAACUGUAGUAUUUCUGUAAAUUCUAAAAACUGUAGAUUUUAUUAAAUUCUUAAAUUCUGUAAAGUCUGAAAACUGUGACUUUUAAUACGGCGAGAUAUCGACGCUUUCCUUUUAAAUGGCCAUCUCCAUUCGUUAUCUUCACGUCGUGGAGAUAUCACGGCAGGAGUUUUCACCUGAGAUUGUGACGCGACGAGAGCGUCUGUUAACGUUAAUAAGACCGUGUCGUGCACGUGUUGACACCGUCAUUUUCGUUUUCGCGCGCACACGACCUUACGCUUCGCUAAAAAUAUACCCGACGACGCGACGUCUAAGAAUAGAGAAGAGCAACAAUACCAUCUCGUGCCGAAAAGAAAAAAAAUUUAGACAAUUCACAGACGGCUCUCGCAGCCGAUGCAAUGAAGGUUUCUCUUUGACGGAGGAAAAAAAAGAAGAAGAAAAGGGGAUCCUCACCUUUAUAAUCUUGUACUUCUUCUUGGUCGCCUGAUUGAGAUCCUCGUGCACCUUGUCGAGCAGCCAGAGCAGAAACUCCUGGGCGUCGUGUUGCAGAUUGCCGCGGUACUGGCUGCCGUACUUGUCGA